AUGUUUGUUUCAUCAUUAGCGAAAAAUGAUACUUACAACAUUAUUGACUCUCAAUUCCAGCCCGUUCCCUAUGAAAGCGGUCUUGUUGGUGAGGGACUUGCCCCCGGCAAGAGCCUUUUGCUCUUUGGAAUGCCCGAAAAGAAGGGAAAACGAUUCCACAUCAACAUUCUCAAGAAGAACGGCGACAUUGCGCUGCACUUCAAUCCAAGAUUUGAUGAGAAGGAGCGUGAGGGUAAGAUGCCCUUCGAAAAAGCUGUCGGCUUUGACCUCGAAAUUAAGAACGAGGAGUAUGCCUUCCAGGUGAGAAUAUCAUGGACAAUUGCCCAAAUUUGUUAG